GACAGAGCUAGUCUGUCCCCCUCCAACCUGCCGGAGUCCCCUGGUCAUAACUCUCCUGGGAGCGCCCUACUGCUGGAUCUGAAGAGGGUUUCUGUGCGGCUGGUCGACUGCAGGAAAACAGCAGGGCAGAGUGGGGCUGUGAGAGAAGGACACAAGGAGGGAGAUUUGAUAUCAUCAAGGGACACCCCUAACUCUCGUUCUCUCAGUGGGAGGGGCUUAUCAUCUUUGGAGCCUCAGCCACAUGUUGCUGAAGAGACAGAGAAGACUCUCUCUAAAUCAGAACAUCCCAAGAAACCCCAGCAGAGACGUACAGGGAAGAAACCUCACCACUGCUGCUCUGACUGUGGGAAGAUUUUCACAAGCCGAAGUGGCUUCAUUAUUCACCAGCGGAUUCACACCGGAAAGAAACCAUACUGCUGCUCUCAGUGUGGGAAGAGUUUCACUGCUUCUCAAACCUUAAAAUAUCAUCUGAGAAUUCAUUCAGGGGAGAGGCCUUACCCCUGCCUUGAUUGUGGGAAAAGCUUUGCUUAUUUGGGCGCCCUAAACAUACACAAGCUAACACACACUGGAGUGAAGCCUUAUAGCUGUGAUCAAUGUGGGAAGAGCUUCAGUCAGUCUGGCCACCUGACAACACACCAACUAACACACACUGGAGUGAAGCCUUAUAGCUGUGAUCAGUGUGGGAAGAGCUUUGCUCUAACUUCCUCCCUGACUAGACACCAGCGUACACACACUGGAGAGAAACCUUAUGUCUGUCUAUGUGGGAAGAGCUUUGCUGUAGCUUCCAAUCUGACUACACACCAGCGAACACACACCAGAGAUAAGCCUUAUAGUUGUUAUCAGUGUGGAAAGAGCUUUGCUUCUUCAGAAACACUAACUAUACACCAGCGCAUACACACAGCAAAGAAACCUUUUUGCUGUGGUCAGUGUGGGAAGAGCUUUGCUGUAGCUUUCUCCCUGAUUAUACACCAGCGAACACACACUGGCGAGAAGCCUUACAGCUGUGAUCAUUGUGGCAAGAGAUUCAGUCAAUCCGUACACCUGAAUACACACCAGCGAACACACACUGGAGAGAAACCUUAUACCUGUGAUCAGUGUGGGAAGAGCUUCAGUCAAUCAGGGAACCUAAAUUCACACCAGCAAACACACACUGGAGAGAAACCUUAGAUGUGUGGAAAGCUUUGUUCAUUUAGGGCCUAUGUGGAAAAACACCAGAAAACUACAAAUGUACGAUCUUUGUCCCCAUGUGCAGUUGCAACCCGUAGUCUGGCUUUUUAUGGCGGUUUUGGAGUAGUGGCUUCUUCCUUGCUGAGCGGCCUUUCAGGUUCAGAAGCUUCUAAAGCCAUGUCAAUUUUCUGGAAUUUUCCAACCUGUUUAAAGGCACAGUCAACCUGUUUAAAGGCACAGUCAACCUGUUUAAAAGGCACAGUCAACCUGUUUAAAAGGCACAGUCAACCUGUUUAAAGGCACAGUCAACCUGUUUAAAAGGCACAGUCAACCUGUUUAAAAGGCACAGUCAACCUGUUUAAAGGCACAGUCAACCUGUUUAAAGGCACAGUCAACUUGUUUAAAGGCACAGUCAACCUGUUUAAAAGGCACAGUCAACCUGUUUAAAGGCACAGUCAACCUGUUUAAAAGGCACAGUCAACCUGUUUAAAAGGCACAGUCAACCUGUUUAAAAGGCACAGUCAACCUGUUUAAAAGGUACAGUCAACCUGUUUAAAGGCACAGUCAACCUGUUUAAAAGGCACAGUGUAUAUAAA